AUGCUUCGGCACGAAUGGGCCGGCUCGACCGGAAUGAUAUCACAGUCUCACAAAAAACCGACGUGAAAUAACGCUUGCGUUGUGUUUCGUCGUGUGAGUGAGGUUACCGGAGGCCCAAUUGUUUUCAUUAGUUUUAGUGUUUUUUUUUUAAAAAAACGUUGCCCCACACUAGGAUUUUAUCCUGUGCCGUAGGUGCGUUUACAAACAUACAAGUUCACAUACACAUGACACCCAGACCCGAAACCUGGUACAAUAAUUUGUGGAUUACACAAAGAGUUGUUACGUGCGGGAAUCGAAACCGCGACAUGUUGUACGGCAGCCAGUUGCCCACCCACUGCGCGAACCGUGCAGUAUUAUUCCCCAAUCUCCCCAAUUCCAGAAUCCCCAACGAUCCUCAAACUCCUAAUCCCCAAAAGGCCGGUAACGCACUUGUAACGCCUCUGGUGUUCCAGGUGUCCAUGGGCGACGCCGAUUGCUUACUAUCAGGUGAUCCGUCUGCUCGUUUACUGGCUUAUGCCAUAAAAAAAGGUAUUAUUAUAUAUAAAGAAGAUAUAAUCAAAUAUUAA